CAAAAGUUAAAGGAGGAGAAAGAGAAUAAAAGAGCCCAUCUAGAUGAAAGACAUCACUAUAUUUUACAGACUGUGGCUGACAGUCUGGCCCUGGAGAAAUCUGAGGUGGAAGAUUAUAUCUUGGAAGGCAAUCAGAUUGAGACAAUGGAUAAGUUUAUGGGUGAAAAUGGAAUGAAGAGAUUGAUGUUCUAUUACCAGGAACCGGAAGCAGAAAAAGAACAUGAUCAUGUAAGACUUGGUCCACCAACUACUAAAGUUGUCAAAUCUACCAAACCUAAAGUAUUUAUUGCUGAGGGUAGUGAUAUACCAUUACGUGGUAUUGGAUUAAUCUUUACAAAGUGUACUCAAACUGGUGUAGCUAUAACAGAUAUCAAUAUUACUAAGGAAGUUAAUUUUACCAGACUGGAUGCUAAUACUGAAGGUGCUAAUGGACGUGGAUUAUUGAAGGCAGUAGAAGAUAUAUUAUCUCGUAUUUUUAUACCAGCAUUAAAAAAAAUAGAUAAUGGUUGGGGACAACUCAAUGACAAGCGAGCAGGAAACCAAGUUCGAACUGAUUUCCUUAAUUCAUUAGAUUCCUUUGUUUCUGUUUUAGUUGGUGCUCAAGAAAGUCUACAACAGAAAGUAGAAUUAAAACCAUGCGAGGGCUAUGAUUUAAAUAAAAUACAUACACCCAAUGAUUAUAUGACUGUAGCCAACAGUACAGAAUCAUUAGAAAGUAUUGAAGCCUGUAUGAGAGUUUGGAUCAAACAAAUUGAGCAGGUGUUAGCUGAAAGUGAACAGAUGAGACGUGAAGCUGAUGAUAUUGGUCCACGAGCAGAACUGGAUCAUUGGAAGAAAAGGAUGUCCAAGUUUAAUUAUUUAGUUGAUCAAAUAAAAGGCCAUGAUGUCAAAGCUGUUCUAGGUGUUUUAAUGGCCGCUAAAUCUAAAAUGAUCAAGACUUGGCAAGAAUUGGAUAGAAGAAUAACUGAUACAGCUAAUGAAGCGAAAGAUAAUGUUAAGUUUUUAUAUACAUUGGAGAAAUUCUGUGAUCCCUUAUAUAACAGUGAUCCAGUUGGUAUGUUAGAUGGUAUACCAGGGUUAAUCAAUGCUAUUAGAAUGAUACAUAGUAUAUCACAAUAUUAUAAUACAUCAGAAAGAAUGACAUCACUAUUUGUCAAGAUUACCAACCAGAUGAUUACAGCCUGUAAAGCCUAUAUCACUAACGACCGAUCUGAAACCGUCUGGUCUCAACCUAUAGAUAUUGUUAAAAAGAAAUUAAACGACUGUAUUCGACUAAAUGCUGAAUAUCAAGAUUGUUUUCACAAGACAAAAGCUAAACUAGAAAAGAUGCCCAAUGAAAGACCUUUUGAUUUCUCCGAGAUGUAUAUAUUUGGGAAAUUUGACACAUUUACUCGCCGUUUGAAGAAGAUUAUUGAAAUGUUUGAUACAAUGGAAAUGUAUUCACAUCUGGCUGAAUCCAAAAUAGAAGAUAUGGAAACACAGGCCAGCAAGUUCAAUGUUAUUGUUACUGCUAUGAAGAAGAAGCCUUAUGAUUAUUUGGAUCAGAGAAAAAUGGAAUUUGACCAAGAUUUUGAAGAUUUUAAAAGACAAAUUCAGCAGCUACAUUCCAACAUACUACAGUUUAUGGAUAACAGAUUUGAAAAAAUAUCCAGUACUCAAAGAGCCUUAAUGUUACUACGUAAGUUUGAGAGACUUAAUCUGCCUAAUCUGGGAAUAUCAGACAAAUAUCAACGUAUCUUAAGUCAUUAUGGUAAAGAUAUAGAGAAUGUAUCCAGACUUUACCAGAAAAAUAAAACUGAUCCACCAGUAGCUAGAGAUUUACCACCUAUAGCAGGUAAAAUAGCCUGGGCUCGUCAAUUAUUCAGACGUAUACAAGAACCAAUGGAAGUAUUCCAGGAACACCCUCAAAUUCUACAGACCAAUGAAGCUAAAAAGAUAAUUAAGAAUUUUAAUAAAUUAGCUAAAGUUUUGUUAGAGUUUGAAGUUUUGUAUCAUAGAGGCUGGAUUAGACAGGUGGAAGCUAUAAAAUCUGGCCUCCAAGCUUCACUUCUGGUACAAGUUGUCCAUCCGGAGAGUACUAGUAAAGAACUGUUCCUGAACUUUGACCCUCAGAUUUUGUCAAUGAUAAGAGAAACAGAUUGUAUGGGUAGACUAGGACUAGAUAUACCUCCAAUGGCUAUAAAAAUGAGAGCCAAACAAGCUGAAUAUAAAGAUCAUUACAAUGCUUUACAGAUGAUGUUAGAUGAGAACCAACGAGUCAGAGCUAAAAUACCUGUUGCUUUUGAAUCAUUGAUGGGACAACAUUUAGCUCAUGUUGAUGAAGCUAUAGAGCCAGGUAUAACAACAUUAAACUGGAUGUCACUGGGUAUUGAUGAUUAUAUUAAAAAUGUCUAUGCUGCUCUAGCUGAUCUAGAACUACUGAUGGAUAGAGCUCAUGAUGUCACAGAAUUCCGUAUUGACGCUAUCUUGAAAGAAAUGGCUUCAACUAAACUGUGUGAACUUCCUGAAGAUGAACCAUGGACUGUAGAGAAAUUCUUAGAAAAUACCCAGAUGUUAUGUGCUAAAGGAGCUCAGAUUCUCCAAACUAAGAGUCAGACUGUAGAAGAGGCUGCUAAUGAAUUAAUUAAUAUGCUCGUUAAUUCUGAACCUGAGGCAGUAGAAGGUGAUGAGAGUGAAGAAGAAGAAGGUAGACAAUUUUUUCGGACGAAGCAAACAGGAGAAGAGACAGAGAGAAGUAAAUCAGCAGCAGGAAGUCGGCAAUCAGCUCGACCAUUAUCAUCUAAAGCUUUGAGUGUAGCCAAGAAGAAACGUGAAAUGAGAGAGAACCUGGAAGAAUCUGCCAUGGAAUUACUGAUACACUUCAAUAACAGAAAUCUUGAUGCUUUAUUACGUGCCACAAGAUAUACUCUGGAGUCUCUACGUAAACGUAUUACAUCCAGCUCUAUGGCUCACUACAUUGGAAUGGAUACCUCAUAUGGAGAUAGUAAAAAGGACAGCCGACCAUUCUUUAGAACCAGUGCUGUAUUAGCUAUACCUAAUAUAGUCAUGCAGCCAGCUUUAGAUGAAGUCCAACAAGCUUUGAAUAAAACAGUUCAAACCAUCAUCAGUGUCAGUAAGGGAGUCUCCCAAUGGAGCAAGGAAAGAAAAAGAAGAGCCAAGCCACAAUUGUUGGAUGCCUCAAUGUCUGGAGUAGGCGAAUACUCUUUUGAAAGAAGAGCUAGUGCUAUUAGUAUGAUGUCUGAGGGAUCUAAGAGGCUAGAAGGAGAAGCAACAGCUACAAGUCUAACCAUACAACAACAGAAUAAGAAUUAUUUUAAGAGUGUGUCUGAUAAUAAGGAGAUCGCUAAAUUAGCUUCUUUACUGUCAACAUCUAUCAACUCAACCAAGAAGGAAAUAACAACAGCUUUAGAGAAGUUUUCUCACUACCAUUCUAUCUGGGCUAAAGAUAGAGAUGAUGAAUUGGAAGAGUUUAUGAAAGAUGAUCCUAAAUUAUCAGAAUUUGAAGCUAAGAUACACCAUUAUAAUGAACUAGAGAAACAGAUCAUGAGUGAACCUGAAUAUUAUGAUGUUGGUGCCAUUGCUCUUUAUACAGAAAAGUUAAAACUAGGAUUAACAACAGAAACUAGAGCAUGGAGAUUACACUAUGGUAAAGCUUGUGAUAAUAAAUACCAGAAUGAAAUGGAAGAGAUAUUCAACUUUAUUGAAGAUAUGACCAAACGUCUAAAUAGACCUAUUAAAGAUUUAGAUGAUAUCAGAUUCUCUAUGCAAGCUCUGAAAGAAAUUCGUGAAAAUGAAAUAAGAAUUGAUAUGAGCCUUGCUCCGAUUGAAGAAUCCUAUGCAUUAAUGAAUAAACAUGAUUUACCAGUGGUUAAAGAAGAUGCUGAGAAAUGUGACACUAUGAGAUAUUCCUGGGAGAAACUGAAUGCCCAGGCUUCAACUGUACAAUCUCAUCUAUUAGAAAUACAACCUAAUUUCCGUGGUAACCUGAUAGAGAAUGUAAAAAUAUUUAUUGAAGAUUGUGAUAAUUUCUAUGAUGAUUAUGACAAGAAUGGACCAAUGGUGCCAGGCGUGGAACCAAGAGAAGCCUCAGAUAGAUUGAUAGUAUUUCAAAAUCAGUUUGAUACAUUAUAUCGUAAAUACCAGACAUAUACUGGGGGUGAAGAAUUAUUCGGUCUACCAGUUACUGAGUACCCUCAACUCCAUACUAUCAGAAAGGAGUUAAAUCUACUACAGAAAUUAUAUGGUUUAUAUAAUGAUGUUAUUGAUACAGUACAUGGUUAUUAUGAUAUUCUAUGGCAGGAAGUCAACAUUGAGAAGAUCACUCAAGAACUACAGGAUUUCCAAACCAGGUGCCGAAAACUACCAAAAGCUUUAAAAGACUGGCCAGCUUUUGAUGAUUUGAAAAAGACUAUUGAUGAUUUUAAUGAAAUGGUACCAUUGUUAGAAUUAAUGGCUAAUAAAGCCAUGAAGAAUCGGCAUUGGCAGAGAAUGUCAGACUUGACAUCUCAUGUAUUUGAUAUUGAAAGUGAAGCCUUUACCUUGAGGAAUAUAUUAGAGGCACCAUUGUUGAAAUAUAAGGAAGAGAUAGAGGAUAUCUGUAUCUCAGCUGUGAAAGAAAAAGAUAUUGAGGCCAAACUGAAACAAGUUAUUGCUGAUUGGAGCAGUAAGGAGUUUACGUUUGGAAGUUUUAAGACUCGUGGGGAACUACUAUUGAGAGGUGAUACUACAUCAGAAAUUGUUUCUAUCAUGGAAGAUUCGCUUAUGGUUCUUAGCUCAUUGCUGAGUAACAGAUAUAAUGCACCAUUUAAAAAGAAUAUACAACAGUGGGUACAGAAUUUAACUAAUUCAUCAGAAAUCAUUGAGAAUUGGAUGACUGUACAGAAUCUCUGGGUCUAUCUAGAAGCUGUAUUUGUAGGAGGUGAUAUUGCUAAACAACUGCCUAAGGAAGCUAAAAGAUUCAGUAAUAUAGAUAAAUCUUGGGUUAAAAUAAUGACUAAAGCUCAUGAAACACCACAAGUUGUACAGUGUUGUGUUGGAGAUGAAACAUUGAUGCAACUACUACCACAUUUAUUAGAACAGUUAGAACUCUGUCAAAAAUCACUCACUGGAUAUUUGGAGAAGAAGAGACUUUCCUUCCCCAGAUUUUUCUUUGUGUCUGAUCCAGCUCUGUUAGAGAUAUUAGGACAAGCUAGUGAUCCUCAUACCAUCCAGGCUCAUCUACUCAGUAUAUUUGAUAAUACCAAACGUGUUAAAUUUCAUGAUAAAUUUGUUGAUAAUAUCUUAUCUAUUAUAUCAUCUGAAGAAGAAGUUAUCGAGCUAGAGAAGCAUGUCAAGGCAGAAGGCAAUGUGGAAGUAUGGUUGAUGUCAUUAUUACAAAUGUCUCAGAAAUCAGUACAUGGUGUCAUCAGAACAGCUGCUAUGGCUAUACAAGAUUCAAGCUUUAAUUUAUUAGAGUUUCUUAACAUGUUCCCAGCACAGAUUGGUCUGUUAGGAAUACAGAUGAUAUGGACAAGAGAUUCUACAGAAGCUUUAACUAAUGUUAAAUAUGAUAAAAAGAUCAUGGCUCAAACCAACCAGGCUUUCUUAGAUCUGCUCAAUAAAUUAAUAGCACAGACAACACAAGAACUAAGCAAACGUGACAGAACUAAAUUUGAAACGUUGAUUACUAUACAUGUACAUCAAAGAGAUAUUUUUGAUGAAUUGUGUAGAAGAAAUAUCAAGUCACCCAUGGAUUUUGAAUGGUUGAAACAGUCCCGAUUUUAUUUUAUAGAAGACCAAGAUAAAUGUCUUAUAUCUAUCACAGAUGUUGAUUUUAUCUAUCAAAAUGAAUUUCUGGGCUGUACUGAACGUUUGGUUAUCACACCUCUAACAGAUAGAUGUUAUAUUACUCUAGCUCAGGCUUUGGGUAUGUCUAUGGGAGGUGCUCCUGCUGGUCCAGCUGGUACUGGUAAAACAGAAACAGUUAAAGAUAUGGGCAGAUGUCUAGGAAAAUAUGUAGUGGUAUUUAAUUGUUCAGAUCAGAUGGAUUUCAGAGGAUUGGGUCGUAUCUUCAAAGGACUGGCCCAGUCAGGAUCAUGGGGAUGUUUUGAUGAAUUUAAUCGUAUUGAUUUGCCAGUAUUAUCUGUAGCUGCCCAACAGAUUGCUAUUGUACUCAGCUCUAAGAAAGAGAGAAAGAAGAAUUUUAUAUUUACUGAUGGUGAUAAUGUAGAAAUGAAUCCUGAAUUUGGUAUUUUCUUAACUAUGAACCCUGGUUAUGCUGGUCGUCAAGAGUUACCAGAGAAUUUAAAGAUUAAUUUCCGUACGGUUGCUAUGAUGGUACCAGAUAGACAGAUUAUUAUACGUGUCAAGUUAGCUGCCUGUGGUUUUAUUGAUAAUAUUGUAUUAGCUAGAAAAUUCUAUACUCUAUAUAAACUUUGUGAAGAACAACUCACCAAACAGGUCCAUUAUGAUUUUGGAUUGAGAAAUAUUCUGUCAGUAUUGAGAACAUUAGGAGCCAACAAACGUCUGAAUCCAACUGAUACAGAACAAACCAUUGUCAUGAGAGUUUUACGUGAUAUGAAUUUAUCUAAACUAGUUGAUCAAGAUGAACCAUUGUUCUUAUCAUUGAUCAAUGAUUUAUUCCCUGGUAUAACACUAGAUAAAGCAGGAUAUCCUGAACUAGAGAAAGCAAUAGCUGAUAAUGUAGCAGACGCCAAGUUGAUCAAUCAUCCUGCCUGGUCACUAAAACUGGUUCAGUUGUUUGAGACCCAGCGUGUACGUCAUGGAAUGAUGGCGCUAGGUCCUAGUGGAGCCGGUAAAACAUGCUGUAUACAUAUGUUAAUGAAAGCUAUGUCUGAUAUUGGGGAACCACAUAAAGAAUGGCGUAUGAAUCCUAAAGCUAUCACAGCACCUCAGAUGUUUGGUCGACUAGAUGUUGCUACCAAUGAUUGGACUGAUGGUAUUUUCUCUACUCUAUGGAGGAGAACUACAAGAGUCAAGAAAGGAGAACAUAUUUGGCUGGUAUUAGAUGGACCAGUAGAUGCUAUCUGGAUUGAGAAUUUAAACUCUGUAUUAGAUGAUAAUAAAACAUUAACUUUAGCUAAUGGUGAUCGUAUACCUAUGGCACCAAACUGUAAAAUUAUAUUUGAACCUCAUAAUAUUGAUAAUGCCUCGCCUGCCACUGUCUCUAGAAAUGGUAUGGUUUAUAUGAGUAGUUCUGGUUUACAUUGGGAACCCAUUUUGAAGGGAUGGUUACUAUCUAGACCAUCAUUUGAAACUAAUAUUAUACUAGAACUAUUUCAAACCUCAUUCCCAGCUAUUUUACGUUAUGCUGUACAGAAUCUGGUAUUUAAAAUGGAUGUUCUAGAAGCCUUUAUUAUAGCACAGGCAACUAAGUUGAUGUCUGGUUUAAUACCAGUUAAAGAUGAAAAAGAAGGUCAUUAUAGUCAAGAACAUUAUGAAAGACUCUAUAUAUUUACUGUCAUGUGGAGUGUUGGAGCUUUCCUAGAGUUAGAUGAUCGAGCUAAAUUAGAGGAGUUCAUCAGGAAGAAUGAAGAUUUUAAAUUAGAUUUACCAGAUAUACCAAGCGGUUCUGAUGCCACCAUCUUUGAUUACUGUGUUGAUGCUGAUGGUAACUGGAUUCACUGGAACCAAAAAGUAAAAGACUAUACUUACCCAUCUGAUUAUACACCAGAAUACUGUAAUAUAUUGGUACCUAAUGUAGAUAAUGUCCGUACAGAGUUUCUGAUACAUACUAUCUGUAAACAAGAGAAAGCAGUACUAUUAAUUGGUGAACAGGGUACCGCUAAAACUGUUAUGAUUACUAACUAUAUGAAUCAGUACAAUCCAGAAGAACAUCUUGCUCAAUCUGUUAACUUCUCUUCUGCUACAACACCAUUGUUGUUCCAGAGAACUAUAGAAAGUUAUGUAGACAAGAGAGUAGGUACAACCUAUGGUCCACCAGCAGGAAAGAAAAUGACUGUAUUUAUUGAUGAUAUUAAUAUGCCAGUUAUUAAUGAAUGGGGAGACCAGAUAGCUAAUGAAAUAGUAAGACAACUGAUGGAAACUCAUGGAUUUUAUAACCUAGAGAAACCUGGAGAUAUUAUUAACCUAGUUGAUAUGCAGUUCUGUGCUGCUAUGAUUCAACCUGGAGGAGGUAGAAAUGAUAUACCACAAAGACUGAAACGUCAGUUUGCCAUCUUCAACUGUACACUACCCUCCAAUUCCUCCAUUGAUAAAAUCUUCUCAGUUAUUGGUUGUGGUCAUUUCUGUGCUGAACGAGGAUUUACUGAAAAUGUGAGAAAUUUGGUCAAACAACUGGUUCCUGUAACUAGAAGACUAUGGCAACUCACAAAGAUUAAAAUGUUACCAACACCAGCUAAAUUUCACUAUAUAUUCAAUCUGCGUGAUUUAUCUAGAAUCUGGCAGGGGAUGUUGAAUACGGAAUCCUCUGUUAUAACCUCACCUGAAUUAUUAAUGGGAUUGUGGAAACACGAAUGUUGUCGUGUUAUAGCUGACAGGUUUGUGAACCCAGAAGACACAGCCUGGAUUGACAAGACGUUGAAACGUAUUGUUGCAGAAGAUUUAGGAGAAGAUCAUUUAGAUCUGGUCAACCCAACGUUGUAUUUCUCAGAUUUCCUGAGAGAUGCUCCAGAAGCUACUGGUGAUGAACCAGAUGAUGCAGAUUUUGAUAUGCCCAAAGUAUAUGAACCAAUUGAGUCUUUGGAUCAGUUAAAAGAAAGAUUAAGUAUGUUUCUACAACAGUAUAAUGACAGUAUACGUGGAGCUGGUAUGGAUCUAGUAUUCUUUAACGAUGCUAUGAUACAUUUAUUGAAAGUAUCAAGAAUUAUAAGAACACCAAGAGGUCAUGCUUUAUUAGUUGGUGUUGGUGGUUCUGGUAAACAAUCUCUAACUAGACUGGCAUCAUUUAUAGCUGGUUAUAAAACAUUCCAGAUUACAUUAACCAGAUCCUACAAUGUAUCUAACCUACUAGAAGAUCUAAAAUACCUGUACAGAACGGCUGGACAACAGGGAAAGGGAAUCACCUUUAUAUUUACUGAUCAAGAAAUAAAAGAUGAAGGUUUCCUGGAAUAUCUGAACAAUAUGUUGUCAUCUGGUGUGGUUGCUAAUUUAUUUGCCCGUGAUGAAAUGGAUGAGAUUUUGGGUGAAUUAGUACCAAUAAUGAAGAAAGAGUUUCCACGACGACCACCAUCCAAUGAAAAUCUUUAUGAAUACUAUUUAUCAAGAGUGAGAAAUAAUCUACAUAUCUCACUGUGUUUCUCUCCUGUUGGUGAGAAAUUCCGUCAAAGAGCCUUGAAGUUUCCAGGAUUAAUUUCUGGAUGUACUAUGGAUUGGUUCCAGAGAUGGCCCAAAGAUGCUUUGAUUGCUGUAGCUCACCAUUUCCUGUCAGAAUUUGAGAUUGUAUGUAGUGAAGAAGUAAAACUACAAAUUAUACAUUCUAUGGGUACAAUACAUGAUGGUGUUGCUGAAAAUUGUACUGAUUAUUUCCAAAGGUACCGUCGCUCCACUCAUGUCACACCCAAAUCAUACUUAUCAUUUAUCAAUGGUUAUAAAACUAUUUAUGCCAAUAAGAAAAUGGAGAUUGGUGAAUUAGCUGAAAGAAUGAAUACAGGUUUGUCCAAGUUGAUAGAAGCAUCUGAAGCAGUAGCAGAGUUGAAGGUGGAGUUAGCUGAAAAAGAAAAAGAACUAGCUAUAGCAUCAGAGAAAGCUGAGAAAGUCUUAAAAGAAGUAACAGUUAAAGCACAAGCUGCUGAGAAAGUUAAAAACCAGGUGCAGAAAGUAAAAGAUAAAGCUCAGGCUAUUGUAGAUAUGAUUGAUAGAGAUAAGGAAGUAGCAGAACGUAAAUUAGAAGCUGCUCGACCUGCUCUAGAAGAAGCUGAAGCUGCCUUAAAUACCAUUAAACCAGCUGAUAUUGCUACUGUGAGAAAACUGGGUCGACCACCACAUCUUAUUAUGAGAAUCAUGGAUUGUGUAUUGUUAUUGUUCCAAAAUAAAGUUUUACCAGUAACUGUGGAUGCAGAUAAACCAGAAUAUAUCAAACCAUCUUGGGGAGAAUCUUUGAAGUUGAUGGCUGGCACCAACUUCCUACAAGCUUUAGUUACCUUUCCUAAAGACUCUAUUAAUGAUGAAACAGUAGAGUUUUUAGCACCAUAUUUUGACUCUGAAGAUUACACCUUGGAAACAGCUAAACGUGUUUGUGGUAAUGUGGCUGGAUUAGCUGCUUGGACAAAAGCUAUGUCCUACUUUUUUGAAAUUAACAAAGAAGUAUUACCACUGAAGGCUAACUUGAUUGUACAGCAAUCUAAAUUAAACUCAGCUAUGGCUGAUUUAAAUGCUGCACAAGAAACAUUAGAUGCUAAAGAGAAAGAAUUAGCUGUGGUCAGAGCUGAAUAUGAAAAGGCUAUGUCUGAAAAACAGGCAUUAGUUGAAGAUGCUGAAACUUGUCGACGAAAGAUGAAUGCUGCUUCUGCUUUGAUUGAUGGUUUAGCAGGAGAGAAAGAAAGAUGGACUGAACAAAGUCGAGAAUUUAAAGCACAGAUUGGAAGAUUGGUAGGAGAUGUACUGAUAUGUACAGCUUUCUUAUCUUAUUCUGGACCAUUCAACCAAGAUUUCCGUAUUCUACUCAAUAAAAACUGGAUGAAAGAAUUAAAGACCAGAAAAAUACCAUACAGUGCUAAUCUUAAUGUGACUACAAUGUUAACAGAUCCAACUACAAUUGGAGAAUGGAAUUUACAAGGUUUACCAAGUGAUGAGUUAUCUAUACAGAAUGGUAUAAUUGUAACUAAGGCUGCACGAUAUCCAUUACUCAUUGAUCCUCAAGGACAGGGAAAAUCUUGGAUUAAAAACAGAGAGGGCAAGAAUGAAAUGCAGAUCACAUCAUUAAACCAUAAAUAUUUCCGUCAACAUCUAGAAGAUUCCAUGUCAUUAGGGCGACCUCUGGUGAUAGAAGAUGUUGGUGAAGAGCUAGAUCCUGCUUUAGAUAAUGUAUUAGAGAAAAACUUUAUUAAAGUUGGAUCAACAUUGAAAGUGAAAGUAGGAGAUAAAGAAUGUGAUAUUAUGAAAGGAUUCACUCUCUAUAUAACAACUAAACUACCUAAUCCAUCUUAUACACCUGAAAUAUCAGCUGGUACCUCCAUUAUUGAUUUUACUGUUACUAUGAAAGGAUUGGAAGAUCAGUUACUAGGUCGAGUCAUCCUCACAGAAAAAGCUGAGUUAGAAAGUGAAAGAGUAAAUCUAAUGGAAGAAGUUACCUCUAAUAAAAGAAAGAUGAAAGAAUUAGAAGAUAAUUUACUCUUCAGAUUAACAUCAACUCAGGGCUCUCUAGUUGAUGAUGAAGAUUUAAUCAAUGUAUUAAAUAUAACUAAAGUUACAGCAGACGACGUCAGUCAGAAAUUAAAGAAUGCAGCAGAAACAGAGAUUAAAAUUAACACAGCUCGUGAAGAGUUCCGACCUGUAGCUACACGAGGCAGUAUUCUCUAUUUCUUAAUAACAGAAAUGAGUUUAGUUAAUGUUAUGUAUCAAACCUCACUACGACAAUUCCUUGGUUUAUUUGAUAGAUCAUUAGCAAGAUCGAUCAAGUCACCAAUUACGCAGAAACGUAUAUUGAAUAUUAUUGAGUUUAUGACCUAUGAAGUAUAUAGAUAUGCUGUCCGUGGUUUAUAUGAGAAAGAUAAACUGACCUUCACCUUGCUAUUGGCCUUGAAGAUUGACCUUCAAGCAGGAAAAAUUAAACACGAAGAAUUUAUGACUCUGAUUAAAGGUGGUGCAUCAUUAGAUUUGAAUGUUGUCACACCCAAACCACAUAAAUGGAUUGUUGAUUUAACAUGGUUGAAUCUGGUAGAGCUGAGUAAUCUACAUCAAUUCUCUGGUAUCUUGGAUCAGGUAUCAAGAAAUGAGAAGUUAUGGAAACAAUGGUUUGAUAAAGACUCUCCAGAAGAAGAAAUAAUACCAGAUGGUUAUAAUAAUUCACUGGAUGUAUUUAGACGUCUGCUAUUAGUACGAUCAUGGUGUCCAGAUAGAACACUACCACAAGCUAAGAAGUACAUUGCUGAUACUCUAGGUGAUAAAUAUGCAGAGGGUGUUAUUUUGGACACGGAGAAAAUGUGGCAAGAAAGUGAUAAUCGUAACCCAUUGGUUUGUUUAUUGUCCAUGGGAUCAGAUCCUACUACCAGUAUUGAAGCUCUUGCCAAGAAACACAGGAUCGAAUGUAAGGCCAUCUCCAUGGGUCAAGGUCAAGAAGUACAUGCCAGACGUCUGACAUCUUUUGGAGUUCAAAAUGGUGGCUGGUUGUUGCUACAAAAUUGUCAUCUGAGUUUAGAUUUUGUAGUAGAAGUAAUGGAUACUAUCAUUGAAACUGAAUCUAUACAUGAUGAAUUUAGAUUGUGGGUUACAACAGAAGAACAUCUUAAAUUCCCUAUCAGUUUCCUACAGAUGGCCAUUAAAUUCACUAAUGAACCACCCCAAGGUAUAAAGGCUGGAUUAAAAAGAACCUAUACUAAUAUCACCCAAGAUUUCCUGGAUAUAUCCAACAUGCCACAAUGGAAACCCAUGUUAUAUGCUGUAGGAUUUCUCCAUACAAUUGUACAAGAAAGAAGAAAGUUUGGACCUCUAGGAUGGAAUAUACCCUAUGAAUUUAAUACUGCUGAUUAUAAUGCUAGUGUACAAUUUGUACAGAACCAUCUGGAUGAUAUGGAUAUUAAACGAGGUGUAACAUGGACCUGUGUACGAUACAUGUUGGGUGAAAUUCAAUAUGGAGGCCGAGUUACAGAUGAUUUUGAUAAGCGUCUGCUCAAUACAUUCUGUACUGAAUGGUUUGAUGAAAAGAUGUUUAACAGUAACUUUAGUUUCAGUAAAGGUUACGUCAUACCAAAAUGUCAGAAAAUUGCUGAAUAUCAUGAAUUUAUCAAUGAUUUACCAAACAAUGACUCACCAGAAGUUUUUGGAUUGCAUGGUAAUGCUGAUAUUACAUAUCAAAGUAAUACAGCUAAAACCAGUUUAGACACCAUUUUAAGUAUUCAACCUAAAGAUAGUAGUAGUGGUGGAGGAGAAACCAGAGAAAGUAUUGUAUCAAGAUUAGCAGACGACAUGUUAGAUAAACUACCACCAGAUUAUGUCCCUUUCGAGGUUUCUAAUGCAUUAAAGAAGAUGGGAGAAUAUCAACCCAUCAAUAUCUUCUUACGACAAGAAAUUGACAGAAUGCAAAGAGUUAUUAGCUUAGUACGCACAACGUUACAAGAUCUAAAACUGGCCAUUGAGGGAACAAUCAUCAUGAGUGAAAAUCUGAGAGAUGCCUUGGAUUCCAUGUAUGAUGCCAGAAUACCUAAAUCAUGGAGUAAAGUUUCCUGGGAUUCCAGUACUCUAGGUUUCUGGUUCACUGAAUUAAUUGAUAGAAAUCAACAGUUCCAUACAUGGUGUUUUGAUGGCCGACCUCUAUCCUUCUGGAUGACAGGAUUCUUUAAUCCACAAGGUUUCUUAACAGCCAUGAGACAGGAGGUGACAAGAGCUCAUAAAGGUUGGGCUUUAGACAGUGUUAUACUGAGUAAUGACGUCACUAAAUACCAGAAUAAAGAAGAUAUACCAGCACCACCAACAGAAGGAGUCUAUGUUUAUGGUCUGUUCCUCGAAGGAGCUGGUUGGGACAAGAGAAAUAAUAAAUUAUGUGAACCACGACCAAAACAACUGUUUGAUAACAUGCCUAUUAUUCACAUAACUGCUGUUAACAGUACAGGCGGUCCAACCUAUGACGUCAGAACAAUGUACGUCUGCCCAAUUUACAAGAAGCCCAGAAGAACUGACUUGACCUAUAUUGCUGAUGUUACUUUAAAAUGUGCCCAAAGUCAGAGUCAGUCUCCAGCUCACUGGAUAAUGAGAGGAGUAGCAUUACUCUGUGAUAUCAAAUAGAUUAUUUAUAUAGUAACUUUUUAUACAAUAUCAACUAGUAGUUUAUCUAUUUAUAUACCUUGUUAUUUAUUCAUUUACUAGUAAUUUUUCUCUUACAUUGUGAUAAUUUUUAAAUGUUUAUUUUCAACCAAGUAUUCCGUCCAAAGAUAUAUAUUUUGCAUUAUUUUCUGUCAGAUUUUGCUGUUAUUUGCGACUUUUUGACAAAUAUGUCUAGAUGACCAAAACAAGUGUUUAUGUGUAUGUUUUCCCGUCUUAAGAAAUGUGGUAGUCAAUGAAAAUUUAAUCCUCUACCACAGAAUUCCAUUAAUUGUUGAAAAAGUUUUAUUGACAAGGAGAUAAAUUAUGUAACUUUUUUCAUCCAAAGAUGUUUUUGUUUCAACCAAAGAAUUUUAAGUAUCUUCAGUAUCAGACCUAUUUAAACAAUAUUUUGUUGACUAUUUUGUCUGUCAAAUUAUCCCAUAUAUUUGUUGAUAUUCAUGUUGCCUUGUAUCUGUAUCUUAAUAUUUAUAAUUUUCACUCUCUUAGAUAUAAAAUCUUCAUCUCAACAUGUUUAUUUUAUAUCUCAAACUCACAAGAGUACUUUAUUUGAUCUGAUAAGGAAAUAAUUGUUUUGAUAUAUCAGUUGAUAAGAAAUUAGUGAUAUGAUAGCUCAUUUUGGUUGAAAGAUCAGUUGAUCAACAAUUUUGUAACUUAUUAGCAUAUCUACCAACUUGCAUGAUAACUCAAUUUCCAAUUUUAGUGAUAGCUCAGUUAAUUAGGUUUUUGUGAUUCGAUAGCUCAAUUUCAAAUUUUGGUGAUAGCUCAGUUAAUUAGCUUUUUGUGAUUCGAUAGCUCAAUUUCCAAUUUUGGUGAUAGCUCUGUUAAUUAGCUUUUUUUAUUCGAUAGCUCAAAUUACACUUUAUAUGAU